AUGCCUUCCAACGACGAUGCCAGCUCCACGAGCAGCGUGAAGAGCCCACGGUCUUCCACUUCCACGCGUUUCACCCAGUCCACGCCGGCCACCUCCCCCGACAUUGGACCUGCUCCGCUUCCUCACCAGGCUAUUCCACCCCAGGGUCCUCCCCCCCAGGCACCUCUCCCCCCCGUACCCCAAUUUCACCCUCCUCCUCAGGCGCCUCUCCCCCCAGUCCCCCAAUUCCAACCUCCUCCCCAGGCGCCUCUUCCCCCCGUGCCCCAGUUCCGUGCUCCUCCCCAAGCUGGAACCGGCCAAACCCAGACGCCCGGAAUGGGUGGUCACGGCAACCCCGCUGGCCCGUACGGCGCUGGUCCGUCCAAUGCUGCUCCGUCUAACUCUGGAUCGCGCGGCGCUGGGUUUCACGGCGCUGGUCCGCCCAAUGCUGGUCCAUCCAAUGCUGGUCCAUCCAGCCGUCCGCAUGCAGGCCAGGGUAGUGCUUUCGAUGGCCAGCCGUAUGGAGGACUUUCGGGGAGCACUAACACGAGUCCUACGCCCUCGAGUCCGGGUGUUCCAGGCCUGUCCGCCUUCUACGACAAUCCAAACCUCUAUAUGGGUGGAUCAGGGAGUCCUGCACGUGUCGACAGCGGAGUGCUUUCUCCCACUACCGAAACUGGACGCGGCGUGUUGUAUGGUGGCGCCUACCCGCCCAAUCCGGAUGGAACGCGGAGGACAUCCGCUCCCUUCCCUCGUCCCAGUCCUAUCCAAUACGACAAUAAGCCCAGAUCCAAAUCGGGAGGAGGUCCACCGUCUCAGCCGCCCCCUCGCAAGGAGUAA